AUGUACCUGGCACUUGCAAACCAAACCAACCGAUCCACUGCCUCUGAAUUCAUCUUCCGGGCAUUCUCCAUUGUUCCUGAGAUACAGCACCUCCUCUUCACAUUCUUCCUCCUGCUCUAUCUCUCAAUCAUCUUUGGUAAUGUCUCCAUCAUCUGGGUGGCCUGCACAGACCAUUCCCUCCAUACCCCCAUGUACUUCUUCCUGGGCAACCUCUCUGGUCUGGAGAUCUGUUACACUACAGUGGUUGUGCCUCAGAUGCUGGCCAGUGCGUUAGAUGCCCACAGAACAAUCCCAUUUGCAAACUGUGGCAUUCAGAUGUUCUUCUUUGUGGCACUGGGCAGCACUGAUUGCUUCCUUUUGGCUGUCAUGGCAUAUGAUCGUUAUGUAGCCAUCUGUCACCCACUUCGCUACCCCCUCAUAAUGACAUGGAAGGUAUGCACAUGGCUGGUUAUUGGCUCAUUAAUCCUCGCCCUUGUGCUGUCACUAGAGCUGACUGUGCUGAUCUUCACUUUGCCUUUCUGUGGUCACCAGCCACAAAUCAACCAUUUCCUCUGCGAUGUGCCUCCUGUCUUGCGGCUGGCAUGUGCUGACACACAUCUCCACCAGACCGUGCUAUUCAGUGUUGGUGUCAUGGUCCUGACCAUUCCUUUCCUUCUGAUAUGCAUCUCUUACGUGUACAUUGUGGCUGCCAUCCUGAGGAUCAGCUCAACAUCUGGGCGGCAACAGGCCUUCUCCACCUGUUCCUCUCACCUGACAGUGGUGUUCAUACAGUAUGGUUGCUGCAGCCUUGUCUACCUGCGUCCCAAGUCGGAUUCUUCAGAGGAUGAGGACCGGCAACUUGCUCUCAUAUACACUUUUGUCACUCCACUGCUGAACCCUCUUAUCUAUAGCUUGAGGAACAAGGAUGUCAAGCAGGCUCUGAAGAAAGCCAUUUGGGGAACUGCUGAACCUAAGGCAUGUUAG